AUGGAAAGAGGUUGGCUCCAUGAGCAUGGAUUCUACCUUUGUCUCACUGUCCACCUGUUGCUUCAAGGAAGAGGAGACACAUUCACCAUCAAUUGCUCAGGCUUUGACAGGCAUGGGGUGGAUCCUGUUGCCUUCCAAGCAGUGUUUGACAGAAAGGCCUUCCGUCCAGUCGUCAACUACAGCAUCCCUACUCGUGUCAACAUCUCCUUCACCCUGUCUGCCAUCGUGGAAGUGGAUGCACAGCUUCAACUGAUGACAUCGUUCCUGUGGCUAAACCUGAUCUGGUACAAUCCAUUCAUCACAUGGAACCCAGAGGAAUGUGGGGGCAUCAGGAAGAUCAGCAUAGCAGCUGAGAAUCUUUGGCUUCCAGAUAUCUUCAUCGAGGAGUUCAUGGAUAUGGAUCAGACAGCUACAGGUCUCAUGGCUUAUGUCAACAGUGAAGGUCUCAUCAAAUAUGAUAAGCCAAUGCGGGUGGUCAGCAUCUGUAACCUGGACAUCUUCUAUUUCCCCUUUGAUGAACAGAACUGCACACUCACCUUCAGCUCAUUCAUCUACACAGUGGAGAACAUGCUCUUGGGCAUGGAGAAGAAAGUGCAAGAGAUUUCGAAUACAUCACAGGACCUCAUUCGGAGCAAGGGGGAGUGGGUACUUCUGGGUAUCCACCAGAGAAUGAUGAAGAUGUCUGUGGGCACCAACCAGUAUGACCAAAUCAUUUUCUAUGUGGCCAUCAGGCGCAGGCCCAAACUUUAUGUUAUAAACCUUCUGGUGCCCAGUGGCUUUCUGGUUGCCAUUGAUGCCCUCAGCUUCUACUUGCCGAUAGAAAGUGAGAAUCGUGCCCCAUUCAAGAUGACACUUCUGUUGGGCUACAACGUCUUCCUGCUCAUGAUGAAUGACUUACUCCCUGCAACGGGCACCCCCCUCAUCAGUGUCUACUUUGCCCUGUGUCUAUCCCUGAUGGUGGUCAGCCUACUAGAGACCAUCUUCAUCACCCACCUGUUGCAUCUGGCCACCACGCAGCCCCCACCUAUGCCUCAGUGGCUCCAUUCUCUCCUCCUCUACUGCACCAGUCCAACAAAAUGCUGCCCCACUACACCCCAGAAGGGAAACAAGGGCCUGGGCCUCACCCCCACUCAUCUAUCUGGUAUGAAGGAGCCCGUGGAGUUGGUAGGGAAGGUGCCAGGUCCCAGAGAGGCAGAGUUAAAUGGGUUCCCUGGGUCAACAAGGACCCAACAGGAUUACAAGGCUCAGAAGCAAUACUUGGUUGAUCUAUGGGUGCAAUUUAGCCACAUGAUGGACACCCUGCUCUUCCGCCUCUACUUGCUCUUCAUGGCCACCUCCAUCAUCACAGUCAUCGUCCUCUGGAACACCUAG